AUGAGUGACCAGAUAUCCUCGUGGAAUGUCGUCCACAAGUUCGAGAAGCGCAGUCUUCUCAUUGCCAUCAACUGCGUGGCCGGACUGUCAAUCCUGUUCUUUGGGUACGACCAGGGUAUGAUGGCUGGAGUGAACAACUCCAAGGACUAUAUCGACCUCAUGGGUUUUGGGUACACAGAAAUGAAAGACGGCCUGCCCUCUCCCGUCGUCACUGACAGCCUGCUCCAAGGCGGCAUCGUCAGUGUUUACUACCUAGGCACACUCUUCGGUGCUUUGCUUGGUGGCUGGACUGGAGACAAGGUCGGUAGAAUCAAAACAAUUGCGUCUGGUGCACUUUGGGCCAUGGUCGGAGCUGCUCUGCAAUGCUCGGCCCAGAACCACAGUUGGAUGAUCUGCGCGCGCUUCAUCAACGGAAUCGGAACAGGAAUUCUCAACGCUAUUGUGCCUGUGUGGGCAACCGAAACUGCGGAGCAUACUAGCCGUGGUCAGUUCAUUGCAAUUGAGUUCACCCUGAACAUCUUUGGUGUUGUUCUCGCAUACUGGCUUGAAUUUGGCUUAUCUUUCAUUGAUGGCGGCGAAUCUGCUUUCCGCUGGCGUUUCCCAAUCGCCUUUCAGAUCAUCUUCUUGAUUGUGCUGUUCGCAGCCGUUUGGUUUUUCCCGGAAUCCCCACGUUGGUUGGUCAAAGUUGGUCGCGAGCAGGAGUCGCGCUAUAUUUUGGGCAGACUGCGCGGCAGCAAUGACGAAGAUACUAUUCGAGCGGAGGCUGAGUUCCAGGAUAUCCUAAGCGUCGCUGAGACGGAGAAGUCCAUGGGCCAUAGCACCUCCUACCUAGCCAUGCUUUUUGGUUACAAGACUGGAAAGCUGCACCUCGGCCGCCGAGUUCAGCUUGUAGUCUGGUUACAAAUUAUGCAAGAGUGGGUUGGUAUUGCUGGUGUUACCGUUUACGCACCGACCAUUUUCAGUAUCGCCGGAUUUGACACAGUGAAAAGCCAGUGGAUCAGCGGAUUGAACAACGUUUUCUACAUGUUCGCUACCGUGGUCUGUGUAUUCACUCUGGACCGAAUUGGCCGUCGCUGGACAUUGUACUGGGGAGCAACAGGUCAGGGCAUCGCCAUGUUUCUGGCCGGAGGCUUCUCACGUCUUUCAAUCGACGCGCGUGAAGCAGGAAACGCAGCGCGGGCAGAAUCCUUCGGUGCUGCCGCAGCCUCUAUGGUCUUCAUUUUCACCGCAAUCUUCGGCGCUACCUGGCUCACAACUCCCUGGGUCUAUCCCGCAGAGAUCUACCCAUUAGCCGUACGUGCAAAGGGCAACGCCUUUGGUGUUGUAGGCUGGAGUAUCGGAAACGGCUGGCUGACCCUCCUCUGCCCCGUAAUGUUCGGCGCCAUCGGUGAAAAGACCCUGUACGUCUUCGCCGCUAGCAACGUGAUCGCCAUCCCAAUGGUCUGGGCAUUCUACCCAGAGAGCAACCAGCGAACACUAGAGGACAUGGAUCUGCUAUUCGCGGCUGACACGCCGUGGGUGUGGGAUGCAGAGAAGACAUUUGCCCGUCUGAAGGCCGAGAACCCGGGCUAUGUUGAGACUGCGGCGCGGAAAAACAGUAUUCUGGAUGAGGAGGCUGCUAAGUCGGUCACGCUGGAGCAACGUGAGAAUGCGGCCUAA